AAAAAAACCUGCGAGUGGGCCUGGCGGAUGGGAUUAUUAAAGCUUCGCCGGAGCCGCGGCUCGCCCUCCCACUCCGCCAGCCUCCGGGAGAGGAGCCGCGCCCGGCCGGCCCGGCCCCCAGCCCCAUGGACCUCCGAGCAGGGGACUCGUGGGGGAUGCUAGCUUGCCUGUGUACUGUCCUCUGGCACCUCCCUGCAGUGCCAGCCCUCAAUCGCACAGGGGACCCAGGGCCUGGCCCCUCCAUCCAGAAAACCUACGACCUCACCCGCUACCUGGAGCACCAACUCCGCAGCUUGGCUGGGACCUACCUGAACUACCUGGGCCCCCCUUUCAACGAGCCUGACUUCAACCCACCUCGGCUGGGGGCAGAGACCCUGCCCAGGGCCACCGUCAACCUGGAUGUGUGGCGAAGCCUCAACGACAAACUGCGGCUGACCCAGAACUAUGAGGCCUACAGCCACCUGCUGUGCUACUUGCGAGGCCUCAACCGCCAGGCGGCCACGGCCGAGCUGCGCCGCAGCCUGGCCCACUUCUGCACCAGCCUCCAGGGCCUGCUGGGCAGCAUCGCGGGGGUCAUGGCGGCUCUGGGCUACCCGCUGCCCCAGCCUCUGCCCGGCACUGAGCCCACCUGGGCCCCUGGCCCUGCCCACAGCGACUUCCUCCAGAAGAUGGACGACUUCUGGCUGCUGAAGGAGCUGCAGACCUGGCUGUGGCGCUCAGCCAAGGACUUCAACCGGCUCAAGAAGAAGAUGCAGCCUCCCGCGGCUGCAGUCACCCUGCACCUGGAGGCCCGUGGCUUCUGAUCUCUGACCUGCGCCACCUCCCCACUCCCCUGCUCCUUCAAACCCUGCGCCCGCUCGGGGAGGGAGAAACCUGUACGCCAACACUCGUUGAGCCAGGAGACAGAAGCCAUGAGCCUCUGGCCCUCUCCGGACUUGAAAGAGGGUGUGAUGCAAUAAGACCUGUCCCCUCCCUGCUUCCCAAAGUUGUGCAGGUCUGGGGAAGAGGUGCAAUAGGCCCUGUCCCAUCGCCACAGGAAGGAAUGCUCACGGGAGCCCCAAGGGGCUCAAGUUGGUGCAAAGGCUCUCACAGCUUCCUGUGUCCUGCCCAGCACUGGCCAGUGCCCCACUGCCCCUCCAAUGGCACUUCCAGGAAGCGUGCCUGUAGGGCAGGGAGGGGGGCCACCGCAGCACGUGCCUUUCUGGGGUGAAGCCCUUCAGCUGGCCCGCUCUUCUUCGAUGGGUGUUGCUCCCCUGUCCCCAAAUAACUCAGUACAUCCGAUUCAGGAAACAUACACAGUGGCAAGUCCGAACAGGAAAAAAUGGGAUUUAAGAGUGGAACAGGAAGGCUCUGCAUUGGAGGUGGUACUGAAAGCAUAGGGCCAGGCACAGACCGGACCCAGGGGUCACCAAGGCAGUCGGUGGCACAGGAUGGCAGCCAAAAGGACCUUGCCUUGCAUCUUGUCGCCGGCAUCACGGCGCCUCCUCCCCACCCCGUUUCCAGGCUGGCUGUGGAUUGCCCAGGCUGGGGAGGGCAACCGUAGCCACAGCCACAGGGUUCCCUGAAAGUUUACAUUGCAGUAGCAUUGCGGGUGCGGGGGGCAGCUCCCCCCCAGGCCCUGCCCCCCAGCCUCACCCACUCAUGACUCUUAAGUUUGUUGUAUUAAUAUUUAUUUAUUUGGAGAUGUUAUUUAUUAGAUGAUAUUUAUUGCAGAAUUUCUAUUCUUGUAUUAACAAAUAAAAUGCUUGCCCCAGGACUUCAUCUCUUUGCUUGGCCUUGCCCCUCCU